AUGGGGGCGGCUCCCGGGGGCGCGCAUGUCCGGCCCCGCCCGUUAAAUUCCGGCGGGCCGGGCCGGACCGGGACCACCGACCCUGGAGCUGCUGUCGCCGCCAUGGCCAGCGAGGCUGAGCCCGGCCGCCGCCGCCGCUGCUGCGCGCAGGACACGCCCGAUGUCCCCAAGGUUCCAGAUUGCCGGGGUGACAGCGAUGGCCCCCGCCGGGGCUCCGUGUGUGACCGACACUGCGCCGCCAUCAACAACGUGCAGGGGGACCUGGGCGAGCUGGGCUGUCACCUGCACCGUCCCCGYGUGCCCCCAGCCAUGGCCACCCCGUCCUGCUGCCAGCAGCACUCGGAGGAGGUGUGCGAGAGCUGCGUGGUGAAAACCACCCUGACGGCCGAGAACGCCGUGGAGGCCAACAAGCUCUCCAACAACUACAAGUUUGGCUUCAAGAAAUGGAAGAGCCACGUGACAGCGCGGCCAUGGGAGGACCGGUCCGAGAUCGUCAAGGAGCUCUACUCCGACCUCAACGUCAUCCGAGGCUCUGGAGGGUCCACGCUGACGUGUGGGAAUGUCCUUUACCUGCUGCUCUUUGGCUGGUGGCUCUCGCUGCUCUACGUCCUUGUGGCUGCCGUGAUGUUYGUCACCGUCAUCGGGGCUCCUUAUGGGCGGCUCUGCUGGCACCUGGCCGGGUAUUUCCUGUGGCCCUUUGGCAAAGUGAUCCAGAAAGUGGAGGUCCCCAAAUGCCAGCAGGCGUGUGAGGCGAGUGCCGGGGAACGCUCAGCCCUGCUCGGGGGUCCCACUCCACGCCGCUGGCRCCCGCAGUGCUGGGCGGGCACCGGACACUGGCGCCGUGCYGGCACCGCGGCCUGGCUGUGCCUGGGCUACCCGGUGCUGGCGCUGGCCCACGGGCUCGUGUGUGUCACCGCGUGGCUCCUCAUCGUCCUCAUCCCCGUGGCCAAGCUGAGCGCCCGCGCCACCGCCCGCGUCCUGCUGCUGCCCCCGGAGCGGGUGCUCAUCCGGCGCCUGAGGAUGACGGAGGUGCCGCUGGAGGGGGAGGUGAUUCUGUGCUGCUACCGCGCCGCCAACCCCUACUACUACAAAUACGCCGUGGAYGGCAUCAACAUCUUCGCCGUCAACCUGCUGCCGCUGGUGCUGGUGACGCUGGUGCUGGGCUAYGUGGACAGCUCCAACCAUCUCACCGGCUCCGCUGUCAAGUUCAGCCUGGCCCUGCUCUCCAUCAUGCCCCUCUCCUACUACAUCGGCAUGGCCAUCGCCAGCAUCUCUGCCCAGAGCAAUUUCGCGGUGGGGGCGGUGGUGAACGCCACGUUCGGCUCCAUCACCGAGCUCACCUUCUACAUCACCGCCCUCAUCAAGGGCUCGCGCGAGGGCAACCGCUGCUACGCCGAGGUGGUCAAAUCRGCCCUGACGGGGACGCUGGUGGGCUGUGUCCUGUUCGUGCCGGGUCUGUGCAUGGUGAUCGGGGGUAUCCGGCACCAGGAGCAGCGCUUCAACAGCCGCUCUGCGGGCGUCAGCUCGGCCCUGCUCUUCCUGUCCGUGGGAGGUGUCUUCGCCCCGACGCUCUUCUCCAAGGUYUAUGGGAAGCUGGUGUGCGGUGAGUGCCACAACGUCACCCAGAACCCGCUGGGCCACUACCUGUGCCACAACUGUCACUUUGACCUGAUGGACAACAACGGCACCCUCUACUACAGCCACGUCCAACCCCUGGUGUACACGGUGUCCAUCCUGCUCCCCGCUGCCUACCUCAUCGGGCUCUUCUUCACCCUCAAAACCCACACGCACAUCUACGACAUCCACGUCAGCGACUGUCACAUGCCCGGCCACCACCACAGCGCCGUGGUGCACUGGUCCCGCUGGCGGGCCCUGCUCAUCCUGCUGCUCUCCACCCUGUGCAUGUCGGCCUGCGCCGACCUGGCCACGGAGCACAUCAGCCCCAUCCUCACCAACUCCACCAUCUCGCAGUAUUUCAUCGGUGUCACCGUGCUGGCCAUGGUGCCCGAGCUGCCAGAGAUCGUCAAUGGCAUCCAGUUCGCCCUGCAGAACAACCUGAGCUUGAGCAUCGAGAUCGGGAACUGCAUCGCYGUGCAGGUCUGCAUGCUCCAGAUCCCCAUCCUCGUGCUCUUCACCAUCUUCUACCCGACCAACUUCACGCUGGUCUUCAGCGACCUCCACGUCUACGCCAGCAUGUUCAGCGUGGUGCUCAUGAACUACAUCUUCAUGGAUGGCAAAUGUGACUAUUUCCAAGGCACGGUGCUGGUGAUGGUUUACUUCAUCCUCCUGGCCGUGUAUUUCUUCGCUCCCUCGCCCAGCGGCUGUUGAGGUUCAGAUUCUCCUUUCUACGACUCCCUCGUUGGAUCAGUGCUUGUCAAGACCUUUCCCAGCAUCUCAGGGACUGGGCUGGGCUGGCUCCGGUCUGGAAGCACCAUUUUCCUGAAACUCCUGCUGCUGCUGGGCUCCCUCUGUGGGUGCCAACGGGGUUUCAGGGAUGGGAAGGGUGGUGGCGAUGAAAUUGCUCCAAAAUGAGGGGACAGAGGGAUCUCCAGCCCACUCUGGAGGGGCUGGAAGGGAAAUUGUCCUUAGUGGAGAGUCUUGAAGGGGAUCCCYGAGGACAGAGCCCUUCCUGGGGAUGUGCUGCACUGGGAGAAGGUGCCGGAAAAGYCCCUCAUCCUUCCGGGCCCGGGAAUUGCACACGGAUGUUUGAUGGCACCAGAACUGCACCCAAAGGUAUUUUCAGCUGUUUUGUCAUUAAAGCAGUUUUGUACAAA